CACCGCCCGGGCGCCGGUCGUCCUCGUCAAGUCGUCAGCUCAGCUCCAAACACACCAUACCAAGAGGCAAGAGCCAAGAGGGACGGCCGACUGAGGGGGAGAACCCAGGCCGCCCCGAUGGAGCAUGAGGAUCAAGAAGCCCAGAAGCCUCUCCUGGCCACGGCGGCGGCCGGAAGCAGCGGUGAUGGCCGUCAGGGAGCUUCGUCUCCCUCCUCUUCCUCUUCGAUUGCGGUGGUGGUCGCCAGCACUGCCGUCGCAGUCGCCGGAUCCUUCGAGUUCGGCAUCUCGGUGGGCUACUCGUCGCCUUCCCAGCCGGGCAUCAUGCGUGAUCUCGACCUCUCCUUAGCCGAGGUACCCUCCUGUAUUAGAUUGCUCGUCUUGUUGACAAGAACAACUGAACACUGGGUAGUGUCCCCUGCAACUUACUCUUAUCAUGCUCAUAUGCAGUACUCUGUCUUUGGCUCCAUACUAACGAUUGGAGCAAUGCUAGGAGCUAUUGUCAGUGGCACCGUGGCAGACCGUGUCGGUCGAAGAUUCGCAAUGGCAAUAUCAGAUCUUCUCUGCAUUCUUGGAUAUCUCCUGAUAACCUUUUCCCAGAAUUUUUGGUGGCUUGACAUUGGAAGGCUCUCAAUUGGAUGUGGAAUUGGCCUUCUUUCAUAUGUGGUUCCAGUCUAUAUAUCAGAGAUAACACCAAAGAAUCUUAGAGGAGGGUUCGCAACUGUAAACCAGUUUAUGAUCUGUUGUGGGGCAUCGCUGGCGUAUGUUUUGGGGACCUUUAUCACUUGGCGUACCUUGGCAAUCAUUGGAGUGGCACCAUGUUUGCUGCAAUUGGUUGGCCUUCUUGUGACUCCUGAAUCCCCCAGAUGGCUGGCAAGGUUUGGACAUCCAGGUGCAUUUGAGGCAGCAUUGCAGAAGCUAAGGGGAAAGGGAACUGAUAUAUCUGAUGAAGCAUUAGAAAUCAAAGAUUUUACAGAAAAGCUUCAGCACUUACCAGAGUCAAAGAUGUUGGACCUGUUUCAAAAGGCUUAUAUUCGUGCUGUUACAGUUGGAGUUGGGCUAAUGGUCCUUCAACAGUUUGGGGGAGUGAAUGCCAUUUGCUUCUAUGCCAGUGAAAUAUUUGUUUCAGCCGGUUUCUCAUCAGGAAACACAGGAAUGCUUGCUAUGGUUGCUGUCCAGAUUCCGAUGACGGGAUUAGGGGUACUUCUAAUGGACAAGGCUGGAAGGAGGCCACUUUUGAUGGUCUCUGCAGCUGGAACAUGCCUGGGUUGCCUACUAGUUGGUUUGUCAUUCUUAGCGAAGGAACAUCACUGGGGAAAGGACCUGAACAUAUUGCUGGCUUUGGCAGGCAUUCUGAUUUUCACAGGAUCCUUUUCACUAGGCAUGGGGGGAAUACCAUGGGUUAUAAUGUCAGAGAUCUUUCCCAUAAACAUGAAAGGAGCAGCAGGAAGCCUUGUGACCCUAGUAAGCUGGCUCGGCUCAUGGAUCAUCUCGUACGCCUUCAACUUUCUCCUGGUGUGGAACUCUUAUGGCACGUUCUUCAUCUUUGCAACAGUCUGUGGCCUCACGGUCGUGUUUGUGGAGCGGCUAGUGCCGGAAACCAAAGGAAGAACCCUAGAAGAGAUUCAAGCCUCCAUGAACUCGUCCUUAACGGGACCCUUUCAGUAAUGAUUUGCUUGUCUAGUUUAGAUAGCCAAAUAUCUGGAAUGCUGUUGUUUGUAGACACAUAGGAGGUUGCAUAUCAUGUUUUUCCAAUAACAGAUAUAAUGCAUACUGUAUUGCAAAGUGCGUGCCACCGAUUCUGGCUUUAAUCUCGUUUCUACUUUCUACCACCCAAAAGAGAAUAGUAGUAGAAUACA